AUGGGGAAGGGUAGUGGGGGUGCAUGGUGGGCGUUCCUCCUGCUCGCCGGCGUGCUGCUGGCCGCAGCAACCACGGCCGCCGGCGCGGAGGAAGACGACGGAGUGGACAACCCGGACGGCAAGAAGGAGGACCUGCGGUGGUGCAAGAAGGCGUGCGAGUGGCAGUACGGAGAGGACACCCCGCGGAAGCGGGAGUGCGAGAGUCAGUGCCGCAAGCAGCACCAGCAAGCUGACGCUGACGCCGCCGACGAGGCGGAGGACGGCAACGGCGGCAUGGACAUCUACGGCUCCCGCUCCGGGAGGGGCGAGUGCCGGCGCCGGUGCAUGCGCCGCCACGAGGGCCAGCCGUGGCAGACCCAGGAGUGCAUGAUGCAGUGCCGCCGCCGCCGCGGCGAGCAGGCCGAGGAGGAGGAGGAGGAGGAGUACGAGAGCGGCCGCCGUGGCGGCGAGGGCAGCAAGUGCCAGGAGAGGUGCGAGCGCCGCCACCGCGGGGACUGGUGGGAGAAGCAGCGCUGCCUGAUGGACUGCAAGAGCCGGCAGCAGGAGGAGGAGGGCGGUAGCGGUGGCCGGCGCCGCGAGGAGGACGGCAGCGGCGACCGCUGCCAGUGCCAGAAGAAGUGCGAGCGCCACCACGACCGGGGCAGCAAGCAGCAGUGCGUCGAGGCCUGCGAGCGCCGGCGACAGGAGGGCGGUGGCGGUAGCCGUGACGACGCCGACGUCGACGACAACAGCGACCGGUGCCAGAAGAGAUGCCAGCACUACGGCGACCGGCAGGCGAGGCGGUGGUGCGUGCAACGCUGCGAGCAUAAGCAACAGGAGGACGCCGACGACGAGGACAGCGACCGGUGCCAGAAGCGAUGCCAGCACUACAGAGACCAGCAGGCGAGGCGGUGGUGCGUGCAGCGCUGCGAGCAUAAGCAACAGGAGGACGCCGACGACGAGGACAGCGACCGGUGCCAGAAGAGAUGCCAGCACUACAGCGACCGGCAGGCGAGGCAGUGGUGCGUGCAACGCUGCGAGCGUCAGGGGCAGGAGGACGCCGCCGACGAGGACUGGUACCCCGGCGGGCGGUGCCAGAAGAGAUGCCAGCACCACAGCGACUGGAUGAAAAAGCUGCGGUGCAUGGAACGGUGCGAGCGCGGACGACAGGUGGAGGACGGUGGCGCCCGCGACGCCGCCGCCGACGAGGACAACAGCGACCGCGGCGACCGGUGCCAGAAGCAGUGCCAGCACUACCGCGACUGGGACAAGAAGCAGCAGUGCGUGCGCGACUGCCGCCGCGGCCGUGGCUGGGAGACGGUGGCCGGCAUCCUCGAGGUGGUGUGA